UUUCCUGUACAAAGAGCUUCACCACUCUAUAUUAGUCCUCUCUUUCUCUCUCUCUCUUUGUUCCAAAGGGAGACACCCAAGAGAAUGGAUCCCUCGAAGAUCUAUGCUUUCUUCCUCAUUUCCAUGCUCUUCAUCUCCUCAGCCACCCCCAUUCUUGGCUGUGGAUACUGCGGCAAGCCGCCACCAAAGCACAAGUCACCCCCCAAGGGAAAGCCCCCAAAACACCCCAUCACUCGUCCACCCAUUGUCAGGCCCCCAAUAGUAAAGCCACCGGUGAUUAAACCACCAGUGACCCGCCCCCCAAUAGUAAAGCCACCGGUGGUUAAACCACCAGUGACUCGUCCCCCAAUAGUAAAGCCACCGGUGAUCCUCCCUCCCAUAGUAAAGCCACCAGUGACCCUUCCCCCAAUAGUAAAUCCACCUGUGACCCUCCCUCCCAUAGUAAACCCACCUGUGACCCUCCCUCCCAUAGUAAAACCACCGGUGACCCUCCCCCCAAUAGUAAACCCACCGGUGACCCUCCCUCCCAUAGUAAACCCACCUGUGACCCUCCCCCCAAUAGUCAAACCACCGGUGACUCUACCUCCCAUUUUAAAUCCACCGGUGACCCUCCCUCCAAUUACACUUCCUCCAGUUGUGACACCACCUGUAACCGUUCCUCCGGUGACUAAACCACCACCAAGUGGAACGCCAUGCCCGCCGCCACCACCAGCCACGGAAACAUGCCCCAUUGACACGUUGAAACUCGGUGCUUGUGUGGAUCUUCUUGGUGGGUUGGUGCACAUUGGCCUUGGGGAUCCGGUGGUUAAUGAGUGCUGCCCUGUUUUGAAAGGACUUGUUGAGCUCGAAGCAGCGGUUUGCUUGUGCACCACUCUCAAGCUCAAGCUUCUCAACCUUAACAUCUUUGUUCCACUUGCUCUUCAGCUCCUUGUAACUUGUGGAAAGACGCCCCCUCCUGGUUACACCUGCUCUCUGUAGAAAUGAGUUGGCAGCUGACUGAUGUUUGGAACGACCGAAUCGACAUGAGAGGAUGUCGAGCCCCCCCAUCUUUCUUUCUCCGAAAAAUCUUAUCCUUUUCCAUGAUUGAUAUUUUCUGAUGUUUGGCAACAUUGUACACCAUUUGUUUUUAAAUUAAGGAUUUGCUGCAUGCACGUGUGUUUUGUGUUAAUUAAGCAAGGAAGUGAACAAAGAUGCUUUUGGAGUCUAA